GAGGCGAAUUGACGUCAAUGACGGCUCGUGAUUGGUCCUAAACCCGUAUCCGGUGGGGCAGCGGUUCAAGGAUUUGGAAAAGUCGAAGGGAGAAAUUUGGUACGCUUGUGGAAAUAACAUCCAAAACCGAGUCAGUGACGAAGGGCUCGGUAAGAAUUCACGGGUUCUUUUCAAAGGUCAGAGUUUGUUUACCAGGUCGUAGCGGAGCAGGAGCACAUCGUGAUGGCGUCGAGCAGUACGAGCAGUGAGGAGGAGAGGAGUCUGAGGGAGUGUGAGCUCUACGUGCAGAAACACAACAUCCAGCAGCUGCUGAAGGACUGCAUCGUCCAGCUGUGUACCUCCAGGCCUGACAGACCCAUGGCAUUCCUCAGAGAGUACUUUGAGAGGCUGGAGAAGGAAGAGGCCAAGCAGAUCCUAAACCAGCAGAAGGCCAGCAGCCGUUCUGACUCCAGGGAUGAGGAGGUGUCUCCUCCCAUGAACCCCGUUGUCAAGGGUCGCCGGAGGAGAGGAGCCAUCAGUGCUGAGGUCUACACAGAGGAGGACGCUGCAUCCUAUGUCAGAAAGGUCAUUCCUAAAGACUACAAAACAAUGGCUGCCCUGGCUAAAGCUAUCGAAAAGAAUGUGCUAUUCUCUCACUUGGAUGACAACGAGAGGAGUGACAUAUUUGAUGCCAUGUUUUCAGUUACCUACAUCGCUGGAGAGACUAUCAUUAUGCAAGGUGAUGAGGGAGAUAAUUUCUACGUCAUUGACCAAGGAGAGACGGAUGUCUAUGUCAACAAUGAGUGGGUGACCAAUAUCGGGGAGGGGGGCAGCUUUGGAGAGUUGGCCUUGAUCUACGGGACCCCCAGGGCUGCCACCGUCCGAGCCAAGAGCAACGUCAAACUGUGGGGCAUCGACAGAGACAGCUACAGGAGGAUACUCAUGGGCAGCACUUUGAGGAAGAGGAAGAUGUACGAGGAGUUCCUCAGCAAAGUCUCCAUCUUAGAGUCUCUGGACAAAUGGGAGCGUCUGACGGUGGCUGACUCCCUGGAGCCGGUGCAGUUUGAUGAUGGACAGAAGAUUGUGGUGCAGGGAGAGCCUGGCGACGAGUUCUUCAUCAUACUGGAGGGUUCUGCAGCUGUAUUGCAGCGUCGCUCUGAGAAUGAGGAGUUUGUGGAAGUUGGGAGGUUACAACCGUCUGACUACUUUGGUGAGAUUGCCCUGCUGAUGAACCGUCCCCGUGCUGCCACUGUGGUCGCCCGCGGUCCUCUGAAGUGUGUGAAGCUGGACCGACCGCGGUUCGAGCGUGUCCUGGGACCCUGCUCGGACAUUCUCAAACGCAACAUCCAACAGUACAACAGCUUCGUGUCACUGUCUGUCUGAGGGGUUUCCCCACCCCCUGUACCCCCCAAUCCCCUUUGUAACCCCAGAACACACCCUGUACCCCCUAAUCCCCUUUGUAACCCCAUAACACACCCUACCCCACCCCUAAUCCCCAAUGUAACCCCAUUACACACCCACUCAAUGUACCCCUAAUCCCCAAUGUAACCCCAUUACACACCCACUCAAUGUACCCUCUAAUCCCCAAUGUAACCCCAUAA